AUGGCGAAAAAACUGGGCCGCGGCGAGUACAAAGUGGCGUGGAUUUGUCCCCUGGAGGUGGAGCAGAUUGCUGCGAUGGAGAUGUUGGACGAGGAACACGAGGCUUUGCCACAACCAGCCGCAGACCACAACGUUUACAGUUUGGGAAGCAUCAAUGGCCACAACGUCAUUAUCGCAGGCCUUCAUCAAACCGGAAACUGUCCUGCAGCAACGGUUGUGGCACAGAUGAAGAUGACCUUUCCUAAUCUUAGGUUCGGUCUGUUAGUUGGUAUUGGCGGUGGGGUUCCAGUACAGACAGACAACGGGAUGAUCCGGUUGGGUCAUGUAGUGGUCAGCAAGCCUACAGGCGAACAUUCUGGCGCAGUGCAAUACGACCAUGGGAAAGCGAGAGAGGGUCGGUUCCAGCGGACGGGUGCGCUUGCGCCGCCACCAGCAGCCCUGCUCAAUGCCGCACAGGCUUUAGCAGUACGACGGGCUAGGGCAGAAAACGAUCCAGUGCAGCAAAAUGUGAAGCGAAUCGAUACGAACCGCCGCCGCCUUCGACAUUUCCGGUAUCCCUGCGCAGAGAACGAUCAUCUCUAUCAUUCAGAGUACCGUCAUCUACAACCAGGGAUACCCUGUAACAUAGGAUGCGACCCAUUGCAGCGUAUUCCCAGAGCAAGGGACGACGAGGAGGAGAUGUAUAUCACUGUGCACAGAGGUAACAUAGCUUCUGGGGAGCUGGUGAUCAAGGAUGCAACACUGAGAGAUGAAUUGGCCCAGCAGUACGAGCUGCUGUGCUUUGAGAUGGAGGCAGCAGGAGUUCUUACUGAUUUCCCUUGCAUUGUUGUGCGUGGUAUUUCCGACUACUGCGAUUCACAUAAGAACGACCAAUGGCACGGGUAUGCGGCCGCUGUAGCAGCUGCUUACGCACGGCAGCUCUUUUUUCACUUGCCCGUCGAAGAAAUACAGCGAUUGCUAAGAGUCACCGGCGCGAAGCACUUUGUUGCUAGAAACGAAGAACUCGGACUUCUGCAUGAUGCGUUGAAGUGGACUGGCGAGCGUCGCACCGCCGUGCUGCACGGUAUGGGCGGCAUGGGAAAAACUCAGCUGGCGAUCGCUUACACCAAGCGGCAUCGUAACGACAACUCUGCCGUUAUUUGGCUUAACGCGAAAGACGAAACAACACUAAAGCAGGAUUUCCAACAAUUGGCUCAGCGAAUCCUGCGGGAUUUAUCUGCAAAAUGCCGUGACUAA